AUGUCCACCAAAUGGGGGAAUUACGCCGACUACCACGGUCCAAACCAUGCUCCCGGUUCUCCGCCAUCCAUACAUGUGCGUGAUGUGCGGCUGACCUUGAUCGACCGCCUAGGGUUUGCGUUCAAGGGAAAGCGCUGCUUGGACGUAGGAUGCAAUGACGGAACCGUCGGCUGCCAGCUGGCCUUCGACUUCGGAGCGCUCCAAGUCGUCGGCAUCGAUAUCGACCCCAAUCUAGUUAGCCAGGCCGAAGAGCUGCUAGCACUCCGCGCUUCACGUGUUCGCCCUCCCACAGACGACUCCGAGCGCAUUGUGGACUAUUUCCCAAUGUCCGCCGUGCUGCGAUAUGGCCGCAAUCCGGCAGCCGCGCCUUCCACGUCCAAGUGGCCCCAUGUGCGCUUUAUCGCUGCGGACUGCGUCGUGUCGACGGACCCAGCCAUCUCGGGCCCUUACGAUGUGAUCCUGGCUUUAAGCGUGAUCAAGUGGAUUCACCUUGAACACCUCGACGAGGGGCUAGUGGCAUUCUUUCGACGGUGCGGAUCGUCGCUCGUGUCUGGCGGCUACCUCAUCGUCGAGCUCCAGACCUGGGAUUCGUAUGAAAAGUCUAUCCGUCCACACACGGCUCCACACUUUGCUGAGAGCCUAAAGCAAUUGAAAUACCGACCUGAAACAUCGUUUACCGAUUUAUUGCGAAACGAGGGCCUCAAUCUCUGCGCGACAUCCGAUCGGCUGCGGCGCCGGAUAAGUGUGUACCGCAAAGCGUGA